AUUCAGUGCUUGAAGCAGAUGAGGAUAUGAUUUUUAUGCAUGUGGAUGAACCAGGAGACACUGACUUUGGCAUGGUGUACACAUCGGAUGACCGUGGUGUCCUUUACUCAAAGUCACUGGAGCGUCACUUGUUUGCAGCCAGCGGAAAAAGUGACUUUACCAACAUAACCUCACUUCGUGGAGUUUAUCUUACCAACGUCCUCGAUGAAGAUGGCAGCAUUCGGUCUGUUAUAACCUACGACAGAGGAGGAGAGUGGAAUCCCUUAAACAAGCCAGCUGAUGUUAAAUGUGCAUCAGAUAACAAGAGGGUUAGUAGUACAUUGGGAUACUAUGCAAUAACCGUCAGUUCAUAUAGUUAGUGCUCUGUGGCUACAUCUAAGCAUGUUCAAAGUGGUUUCUCACACUAUCCUUGUGGUUGUUGACCUGGGAGCAAAGCCAUCACUUUGAAGACUGUUUUGAUGACUGAAUUGUUUAUUUUUCUGCCUUACACACCUUAUACAGAAAAG